GCCGGGCUGACGCGCGGCAGGGCCAGGCAGUGAGUAUAGGCUGCGCUGUCAGGCCGGUGUCAGUCUGAUGAAGAUUGGCAUGCAGGUGGCAAAGUUAUUGAUGGUUCUACAUGUGCACACUCCUGAUCUGGAAGAUAAAUUUGGAAGUGCAAGCUGCUCUAUCUCCACCUGUCAAGCAGUCCAAAAUGGUACCUUCUGGAAUUGGAUCCUGAGCUGUCUGCCUUUGCAGCUGAUCUGUUCCAAAGUUUGCUGAAUGAUCAGUUUGCCCACUGAUGAAGCUUGGCUUGAGUUCUAAUCAUUGUCAAUCCAACUGUCCUCCGCCCGAACCAGCAUUGUCAAACUUUUCAAACUUCAUGGGGCUUCUCUCUACAUUUUCAUCACUGAACACAUUGAACAGCAUCUGGACCACAACAGAGUGCUGACUGCACAUGCUACCUCUUGCCAGCUGGAUAAGAACCCAUUAAAAAGUACUCUCUAGGUGGCUCUGCUGUGGCUGGAAGAAGCAGCUUUUGUGUAACCGGCAGAGAAAGGGCAGAGGGGAGAGUUUCAAAGGACAAGCGGCUCCCAGAGAAGACUCCAUAGAAAGCACCGCAUUUUCCAUCGCAUCACAUACACAACAGUGGAGCAGAUUGAUUUCCGCCAACCUUCCCCAACACGCCGCCCUCCAGAGGCAAUCCCUAUGAGCCCAUAUUAGCUGGAGGUGAUGGAAGCUGUAGACUGAAGCAUCUGGAGGGCACCAGGUUCUAGAUGUGAAUCAACCCCAGGAUGCAACAUGUCUCCCCAGCGCCAGCUCUGACAAUGAUGGCCACACAGACUGUGCCCCCUCCCCCUUAUCAAGAAACCCAACAGAUGACUGCCACAGCGCAACAGCCGGCCAAAGCCCAGCCAGUACACAUCAACACACCUUCGGCAGCCGCCAACACUCCUAUCCCCAGCACUCCCAUCGACCCUCAGGCACAACUGGAGGCUGACAAGCGGGCUGUCUACAGACAUCCUCUCUUCCCCCUCCUGACCCUGCUGUUUGAGAAAUGUGAGCAGGCCACGCAAGGCUCAGAGUGCAUCACUUCUGCCAGCUUUGAUGUCGACAUUGAGAAUUUCGUACACCAGCAAGAACAAGAGCACAAGCCAUUCUUCAGCGAUGACCCUGAGCUCGACAACCUGAUGGUGAAAGCCAUUCAGGUCCUGAGAAUUCACCUCCUGGAGCUGGAGAAAGUGAAUGAAUUGUGCAAGGACUUUUGUAAUCGUUACAUCACCUGCCUCAAAACUAAGAUGCACAGCGACAACCUACUCAGGAAUGACCUCGGGGGGCCUUACUCCCCAAACCAGUCCUCCAUAAACCUACACACACAGGAUAUGCUGCAGAAUUCUCCUAACUCAAUGACUGCAGUAUCCGGCAACCCCCAAGGAAUCGUGGUCCCUGCCUCAGCACUGCAGCAGGGGAACAUCUCCAUGGCAACAGUCAACUCACAAGUUGUGUCAGGUGGAGCCCUUUACCAGCCUGUAACUAUGGUAACGUCUCAGGGCCAGGUGGUAACCCAAGCAAUCCCACAGGGAGCCAUUCAGAUCCAGAACGCGCAGGUUAACCUGGACCUGACCUCCCUUCUUGACAGCGAAGAUAAAAAGUCAAAGAACAAACGAGGAGUCCUGCCGAAGCAUGCCACGAAUAUCAUGCGGUCCUGGCUCUUCCAGCAUCUUAUGCACCCUUACCCAACAGAGGACGAGAAAAGGCAGAUAGCAGCACAGACGAACCUCACGCUUUUGCAAGUCAACAACUGGUUUAUCAAUGCCCGGCGACGUAUCCUGCAGCCCAUGCUUGACGCAAGCAACCCAGAUCCUGCCCCCAAAGCCAAGAAGAUCAAAUCCCAGCACCGGCCUACACAGAGAUUUUGGCCCAACUCCAUUGCGGCUGGAGUACUGCAGCAACAAGGAGGCAACCCCGGUACUAACCCUGAUGGCUCUAUAAACAUGGACAACCUGCAAUCCCUCUCCUCUGAUAACGCCACCAUUGCUAUGCAGCAGGCCAUGAUGGCAGCGGCUCACGAUGAGUCACUUGACGGGACAGAAGAUGAGGAGGACGAUGAGAUGGAAGAGGAGGAGGAGGAGGAGGAAGAGGAGGAGGAGCUGGAAGAGGAGACCGAGGAACUCCAGACAACAAAUGUUAGCGACCUUGGCUUGGAGCACAGUGACUCGCUUGAGUAAAGGACCCUGGUCAGUGGUGAAGCACAUGCCUCCUGAGAAACCUGGCUGCUUGCCUAAAUCAUUGGCCUGAGAAGAGAGCCUGAACUUUCAUGUACAAGCCCUGCACCCCUUUGAAGAGAUCAUUCAACGACAAUGCCCUUACCCCGAGUCUGGCUCACCUGCUUUCAGUUGCAGGAGCAGACACAAAUGAUGCACAUUUAAGAGACCUGCCGAAUGUGCAAAGUGAUUAUUUAAGUGAAGGAGACACGUUUACAAGGCACAUAUUGUGACCAGUUCAUUUCUCUCUUUUUUUUCCUUUGUUUUUGAUAAUAACAACAACAAAAAAGUGUUUUUAGGGUAAGCUGUUUUCUGUACGACUGAAUGUUUUAUGGAUGUUCUAAUGCAAAGCCUUUUGGUGACAUGCAAUUGAGAGGCAAGUCUGUUUUCAUUUUCACGACUUUUAUGAGAGAUUUAUAGAUGCAAAGAGAGAGAGAGAGAGAGAGAAGAGAUUGAUGGUUUUUACAAAAAGAAACUAAAAGACUGUAAUGAUUAUAAAUAUCUAGAUGUAGAAAAAAAACAAGAGUUUGCAAAUUUGCAAAAAACCACACGACUGGACGUUGAGUGAGAGUUUAAUGCUGGACCCAGGUAGAUUCCUGGUUAGUUCUGAAGAACUGCAUAUCAAGUCUUCAGGAUUUCACUGGGCCAGAUCCCAAGGCAUAUGGAGAGAGCCCAUGCAUUGUGGUUAAUGUGAGAAAUGGAUACCACACUGCCAUCUGAACCAUUUGGGGAGGGGAGAUGAAAAGUUUUAGCCCUCUGAAUGGAAAUGUCAUAAUAGUAACAUGUCUGGUAUGAUUCCCUGGUACAGGAUGCAAAGUCAACAACACCCCCCCCCAAAAAAGAAUGCCCCUGAAUAAUUAUGUUAAUUGUUUAGAGGAUCAUGAAUUGAAAAAUAACCAUUACGGCUUUAUGCAUUGGUUGAAUAUGAGCAGGCUCAGAUUUCCAAAUGUUUACAGGUUCACAGGCCAAGCAAAAAGUGGCUUGGAGAAUUCACAGGUUUCUGAGCAAAGAAGAGUGUUUCUGGAGCUUAGUGGAACUGCUCUCCAGAUGGUGAGAUAAAUGCCCCUUUCACAAUCUCAUCUCCCUGGAACUCGUCACCUGUCACCUUUUAUCACCUGUGUCUCUGCCACCUCCAGAACCCCCAAAUGCAAAAGUCUCCCAGGCACAACAUCCAACUGGAUGCGUUUUAUACAUUCAGGAUCAGGAUCAGAUGAAAAAUACCAGUAGCUUCCCCCCAUUGACCACCAUCACUCACUGCCUUUGGGCAGACUUUUCUUUAAAGGCACACAGUAGCUCACCAAGAGGACCGUCCUGUAUUUUCCAUCUUGCUGCAGUAAUCUUUUUUUAAAAGCCAUUUGUCACCCAGGGGAAGAGGGGACCCACCACGCAUGAACAGCUCACCUUGUGGUGACAGAACUUUAAAGCAGCUCCCAUGUGGCUGAGUUGAUAUAAGCACUAACUGUAAGAAUGCCUUGUUGGUCUCUGAAGCUGGUUUUUUUUUGCCACUUAAAACUCAUGAGUGUGGCACGCAAGUCAAUAAACAGCCGUUUUUAAUUCCAACAAGCGUUCCUGGAAAUGCAGCUGUGUAGUUCACCUAAAUCUGGUGGAGUUCACCAUCAAGCAGCUCAUGCCUGCUUCAGCCUAAACCCACGCAAAGCGCAUGCAUGCAUGCAGGCUCCUCAAAUAGCAGGUGCAGUCCUAAGGCCAGCAAAGGAAUUUGCGCAUGGAGCCAGCCCCUGCGAUACUUCCGCCAUAGACAUAUAGCAGAUUGCACUUUCCUCCUAGGGAGCGUAGACACUCCCAAACCAGAAGGUGGUGCGUCUGAUCAUUCAAUGAGCAUGACAUUUGAACAUGCAGUUUGGUGAGGGGGGUGGGGGGUGUUUGUUGUGCUUGCACGACUCGUAUCCAAGGAGGCUUUGCAUUUUGAGUUUCGUGCAUGCAGUACUGUUGCACCGGUCCUGGGUCAAAGUGCUCCACCACACUCAUCGGCAGUAGUGAGGUCAAAAGGAGGCAAGAGGGGAUCACAGGCUGAUUUCUCCAGGAAUGGAGGAAAUGUGGUUAGUGUACUGUACAUCCAGUGCAUACCAAAUAUCCCUCCAAUAUCCUGCACCACCAACCCUAAGUCCUUUCUCAGAAAUGGCAAAUGCAUGCACUGGUAAAGGAUUGUAACUUUUAACGCAGCAUUGGGCAGAAAUAAUCAGAAUCCUUAAUGGAACAGCAUGUGCAGUGUGGCCUCUGCUGACACCAAUGCAAAUCAACCUAAACCAGGGGGAAGCCAAUGUGGCUCCAGACAUUCUUAGGCUACAGCUCCCAUAAUUCCUGGCUGUUGGCCAUGCUGGUUGUGGCUGAUGGGAGUUGGAGUCUUCCUGAAACCUAGACCAAUUAGAAAGGCCAGAAAUCUCAGGGUGGCUACUAAAGAACUGUACGUUGGACUCCAACCAUGUAGGAUACUGGUCAGUGUUGGGUCCAGGUUUGGGGGAGCCCUUGGGCAAUGUUAUUUCAAUGGGCCCCCUACGAGACUGGGUGUCCGUGCUCCUUGCCCCAGCUACCCUUGCCCAUAUGCUUGCUUUUUUUCUCUUUGGGCCCAAGCUGCACCACCUCCCAUGGAGAGGCAGCAAAGCAUGUAGAUUUUACUGGUCCUCCUCACUCCAUUCAGCACUCAGAGAUGGCAAAUGAAUAAACAGAAGCAGCAAGGAGGAAGACUUCGCAUGGCCAGGAAGCUCCCAGGAUUGGCUGUGGGCUGUAGACUUUUGCCCAGUUAUGCCAACCCUAGACGCCAGCCCAGUUCUUUGUACUGCUUGGUUUUGUGGUCCUUCAUUUCCCCACAUUAUCAAAAGGUAGCAAAUUCCCCACCAGGUGCUUGGAGCCUGCACCCAACAAGCUCUCCAAUGUGUUGAGGGGUUUUUUUUAAUGGUCAUUUGAAGCCACGUUGAAACUGAUAAUCCAGGAGGGGCGAAUUUCUCAGAAUCAAAAUUAACGUUCACACUCAGUCUUUCCACUCACUUCCCAGUACUAAAUGGAAGAGGACUCCUAAAUUAUCACUGCCCCGAUCGUCACUUAACUUAUUAUUUUGUUUUGUACAUUGUGCUCAGGAAAAUGUCUCCAGUGUACAAAAAAAAGAUUGGAUUGUCAUCUUGUGAACAACAGCUCGUGGACCUCUGGAUUAUCUGGUGGUCAAAUGUCCCUGAAAUGAAUGUAUUUUUCCUGGGAGGAGGGAGCUGCUGUUUCAACAGAGAUGUAGGACCCCAAUAAUCUUAUUUAUAAUCUGUGUUAUCCUAGCAAUCUGUUAUGGGGUUGUUGUUUUUCCUAUGCUGUCAUUGCAAUGAAGCUCACCGUUCCAAAGUUAGGGGUUCGUCUUCCUUCCUAGCAAAGGCACAAUCUGCCCUGACUCCUGCAAAUGGUCCACACACCUUUCCUCAAUGUGUCAGCCGAACAAACUACAAACUUCCGAGACAAAACAAUUCCCCCAUCCCCAAUUUUAAUGUUUUGAUUACCCAUUAAAGCUUUAUUUGUCUCUUCCAAUUCUUCCCUCACGAAGCACAGUUUUUUUCAACUUGCUCCUUCUUUUGGCUCUUUGAGGAGUUGAGAGGUUUGAUCAAUCGCUUUACAUUAAGGGUUGAAUCGAUGAUAAUUCCUUGGGAAUGUAUUGGAAUAUCAGUGGGCAGGAAAGCUCCCGUUUUUUGGAUACUGAUAUGGCAUGAAUGUAAUAUGUAAUUUCAUAGAAAAUUCAUUGUAAUUUAGUAUUAAUUCAUGUCCAUUUAUUAUAAAGUGCUACCAGAUGAGGUUUUCCAGCUGUAUUUCAUUGUGUUUAUUUAUAUGCUCUUGUUAGUAAAAAGGAUUAGGAAUAAAGAAUAAAUAGAGGCCCAAGUCGACAGGAGGGAGCCCCAUGCUACCUCAUCACAACAUGAUG